GAACCGCGCCGUACGGCACAUGUGGUCACAUUCGGGUGAGAAUCCAUUCAAGUGCCCGCUCUGUGACCUCCGCUUCCGCGACAAACGCCAUCUCAACAAUCAUAUGUCGACCCACAACACAGUGUCCAUCAGAGCCGCGGCCAAGAACUCGUCGCGAGAGCCCAACGCUAAGACUAAAGUGAAAGCAAAGUCGCCAAUGAAAUCGCCGCUGAAGUCACCCGUAUAUCGGGCGCGAGGGUCCGGAGAUGUGGUCUGUCCCGAGUGUGGGAACCGAUACCAAGACUACGCGCUGUUGACGAGACACAUGAAGAAACAGCACGGCUUGAAGAAGUGGCAGAAGUAUCGACAACUGGGACAGCAGUUCCUGAAGCAAACCAAUGGUCCGACCGCUGCGGUCGCCAAGAAUAAUGGCAAUAUUCUGUGUCCCGAUUGCGGUAAAACCUAUCUCGGGAUCAAAUUACUGCUCAGACAUAUCACACGUACUCACGGCUCGGACGUUGCGGACAAGUAUCGGCUGAACAAUGGUCUCGUCAGCCGUAAAGCGGCGGCUCUCGAACCCCAAGCGGUGAAUUCGGCGCUCAAUUCAGUCGCUACGGCUAUCGUGUCGGCGAAUGUGGGCAACAAAUCGCGACCAAAAUUGGUCGUAAAAUCAGCGAACAAAUCAGUAAAAGUGAUGUCAAACAUACGAAAAGUGAUCCAAAAGCCAAUCCCAAUGACUCGACGCCACUUGUCAUCGGAGGAGAAGGAGUGGAACUGCGAUUACAAUUUGUGUCCAAGAAGUUACAACUCGAAGUACAAUCUAAAGAGACAUCAGAUCGAGAUUCAUAAGCGUUUGUCCAAAAAAUUGUUUUACAUGACAUCGAAGAAUGAGAAGACUGUCAAAUAUUUCAUACCAAAGACUGGUAGCACUGCCGCCGCCGCCGCCCUCACUGUCACAGCCGUCUCGGAGCCAACUGGUGCUAAAACUGCGGCCAUUUCGGGCCCGAAGAGCACUCAAAUCGCUAGCGAUAAGGCGUUUAAGUGUAAUUUGAAGGGCUGUUUGGCCAGCUAUCAGACAAUCUCUGGCCUCUAUAGGCAUAAGAAAGUAAAACACAACUCAAACAAACCGUUCAAAUCGGUAUCAAAAUUGGCCAAAACCCAGGCGUUAGGAGUGACCAUCAAAUAUAAGGCAGCGAUUAGACCGAAGUUGAGUGUCGACGAAGAGAACCAAUUGGUGGCCACAGAGGAGGACAAGGAGGAGGAGGUGACCGAGUUUUUGUGCACUUAUCCUAACUGUGCGUUUAAGGCGUUGGGCCGCAAAACACUUAUCCAACACUUUCCCACACAUUUCCCGGGCGAAGACAAGCCGUUCAAGUGUGUGAUGACUGACUGCCACUACGCGGCCAAAGUGCUGUCCAAACUUAAACAGCAUGUCCUCAACAGACACUCUGAGCAGCAGUUUAUUAAAGCCAUGGACGCCACGGGUAUUCGCUACCCGUCC